GUUUUAAUUUGAAAGCGGAAGCUGGUUUGACGCGGUGCUGCGUUUUAGUCUGCCCACGUCGAUAAAGAACGAACAAUUCACAGGCGGGCAGAUAGUGUUCGCCAGUAUCCAUUGAGGGCACACAUUGUAAGGACGAUAUUUCUGCUUUUAAUGCUGCUUUAACCGCUAACAGGAUGACGACAUCCCCGUGGGACUACUGGUACUCCACAAGCUGCUGCUUGUGCUGUCAUGUCCGCACAGGUACCAUCAUUCUGGGGGUCUGGUACAUGCUCAUCAACGCUGUGGUCUUACUCAUCCUGCUCACAGCGCUCGGUGAUCCUGAGCAGUACCACCUGACCAGUGCUGAGUUGGCUAAUGACUUGGACGUCAUGGAUGAUGCCAAUAUGUGCAUCGGCUCAGCCAUAUCUCUGCUGAUGAUACUCAUAUGUGGGAUGGCAACAUAUGGUGCAUACAAGUUGCGUGCCGCCUGGAUCAUCCCGUUUUUCUGCUAUCAGAUCUUUGACUUUGCACUCAAUACCCUUGUUGCUGUGAGCAUUGUGGUCUAUCCAAACACGAUACAGGAUUACCUGCAGCAGUUGCCUGACAAUUUUCCCUACAAAGAGGAGAUUGCAGCUCUUAGUAAUGUGUGCAUGGUCCUCGUCGUGCUGCUCUUCAUCAGCUGUAUUCUGGCUUUCAAGGCUUACCUGUUAGCAUGCGUGUGGAACUGCUACAGAUACGUGUGCAGCCGCGGCACUGCAGAGAUCCUCCUCUAUGUUACAACCAAUGACACAACGGUGCUUCUUCCUCCUUAUGAUAACAGCGUGAGUGUUCCGACAAAACAAGGUACCCCUCCGUCCUUUUCCACAGUGACAGCAUGAAAAUAUUUCCAAGAUUCCCGACUUAUAUCCGAUGUUUCUACAAUCCAUGUGCGUACCUCGCUGCC